UGUGGCGCAGCCGUCAGUGCGGCUAAAAGCCAGAGAGAAAGGAGACCCUGUCUAAAUGAAAAGUGAAAAGCGUGUGUUUUAGGUGCGCCGUGUGCUAAAUUUGGGUGCUAUUAUGGAUUUAUGUCUUAGGGGCUCACAGAUUAACCUCGCCGCAAGACAAAAAUCGAAGCCCAAAUACAAUAGUCGCUCUCUCACGACUCUCCACAAUUCUGCGCCACAUUUUCGUCCACGUUCCGCCAACUUUCUGCAGCAGCGCAGUCGCUCCUCGCCCUUCCUGGGGCGGCCACAGUCGGCGGAUCCGAAAUUUGGACGCAAGCUGAGCGUUUACUUUGGCGAAAAGGAGCUGCGACAUAGCAAACACCGUCAAGUCUCUUCCACGGAUCUUCUAAAAUCGCUGCUGGAGGAGCCAAUCAAGCGCAGCUGGUUGUGCCGUAGCGCCUGCAACUCUUCCACCGACGAUCAAUCGGAUUUCUCGCAGAAAUCUCCGCACAGCAGCGAGGGCGAGCAGCUGGAACGUUUUCUGGUCAGCAUGCCGGGCGCUGAGAAGGUCAAAUCCUAUGCUUCCAACUGGUCAACCGGCCAGGGACUGAGUAAUGCUGCGCUCCUGCAGAAGACUGCCAAGCCGGAUCUGCCGGGUCGCGUAUCCUUCAGCAAGCCCAACAGCCAGCAGAACGAUGUGGACUCCAGUGAUUGUGACAACGAUAAGCAGGAGAUGCUCAUGCGCGCCGGCAGCAGCGGUAGCAUCUCGGCGCCAGGUCCCCUCACACUGCCCAGCUUCAACUACAACAACAAUAACCACAGCAGCAACAACAACAGCAACAACAACAACAGUGGCAACAAGCUGGAGCCCAGCGAUGCCAGCGGCCAGAAGAAGUCCGUGCACUUUGGCGCGCCGGCUUCGGGCAGCGGCAGCGCCGAGGUGCUGGCCGAGACCUACGAGUAUCCCAAGUGCCCAUCGGAGAACUGCACCUGCAGCACGCGUUCCUCCUCCACGGCCAGCACCAACGAGGCUGCCGCGGAUGUCAAAUGCGCCUGCGAUGCGCCCAGCUGUCGCUAUGCGGAGCCUAAGAGCCAGCUGCCGCUGUCGCUGCCACCGCCACUGCCUAUUCCCAAGUCAGCCACGCCAGAGCUAAAUGUCAUCAGGGAGUACAAGCAAGCGGUGGGCGUGUCGCUGGACAAAAGCCCCAAGCCGCUGGAGCCCUUGAAUAACAUGGAGCUGCCCAAUUAUAUGGACAAGUAUGCGGCGCAGGCCAAGGACAAGCAGAACAAUCUCUCCGAGAAGAAUCUCAGCGCAGCUAAUGGCAGCAACAACAACAACAACCACGGUCAAGUUAGCAGUGGCGCCUCAUAUCGCCCAGCCGGACAGCGCAAUUUCGGUGCUGAGAACAAUUUUCUGCCCAUUGUCCAGGAGGAUCGGCGGCAUUUGGGCAACAGCAGCGAUUCCGUGAUUAGUAAUUAUUUAAAAAUCGCUGCCACGCCUCCAUUUGUGGGCAAGAAAAAGGAGAACGUGAAGCCCGCCAGUGCGGAGUCGAGCACCAGAAACAACCACAACAACAACAAAUCCAAAUUUCUAGCCAAGAGCACAACAAUCAGCCUGUCCACCGGCGGCAAGCUGAAGAAAGCCGUCAGCGUGGGCAGCCUGCGUGAGGAGCGAAAGCUGAGUGAAUACAAUUUGGACAAGGUCGACAGCUGGAUGAGCAUGCAGGAGCAGAAGCAGGCGCUAGCACAGUUUGAGGAACUGCAUAAACAGGGCCUGGAUGAGCUGGACGAGGCCAAUGACAAUGACAAUGAUAGCGCCUCACAGUUGUCGCUCAAAUCGAAUGACGAUUCCAGAGGCUCCACCUACGACGAGAUUGUGUCCGUCAUCAAGGAGAUUGAGGAGGACAAGAAGCGAGAUAAACAUUUUUCAGACAACUUUGCGGAACGUUUGCCCAGCGAGUUGAACCUAAAACUGGAUUCACGCGCAGACACAGCCGAAACGGUUAGUCAAAAUGGAGACAAAAUGCCCGAAAGUGGCGACAAAUACAAAGACAUUUUGGCCUAUCUCAAUAAUGUGGAGAGCAGCUGUGACAAAACGCUGAUGGAAACCCGUCGCUCCAUGCCGGACAGUAAUCGCUCCGAAGUGGAGUUUGUCGUGGAGCCCGAUGUGACCGAUGAGGUGCCCAAGCUCUCGGAGCUGCUGAUGAUUCCCAAUCAUCAGUUGGCGCGUCGCGUUAUUGCGCUCAGCCUACGGGCCAACGAGCUGGCCAAUGCCAUUCAUCUGUCCAAGGAGCAUGUGCUCCAGCUGCGCAGCGAGAAACAGAAAGCGCUGCGCGCCGAGAAGUCCAACAGUGCUGCGAAAAUACGUGAACAAAAGAAGCACUACGAAGAGGUUGUGACGCGUCAUCAAGGCUUCAUCGAGCAGCUGCUCAAGGAUAAGGGUUCGCUUUGCGAGAAGGUGGCCGCAUUGACGCGUCGCCUGGAGAGCCAGAAUCAGGCCUGGGAGCACCGACUGGAAACGGAAUUGACACGCGUUAAGGAGACAACAUUGGCGGGCGAGAAAAUACGCCGGGAGCGUUGGGUGCGCGAGAAUACCAAAAAGAUUAAGGAGCUCACAGUGAAAGGUCUUGAGGCGGAGAUCAACAAAAUGAACUGUGAUCAUCAGCGCGAGGUGACCGAACUGAAGCGUGCGCAUCAAAUGCAACUGUUGGACGCCCUAGAGGAGGCACGUCUCAAGCACGAGCAAAUCGAGCACAGCAUACGCGAGAGUUGUGCACAGGAUCGUGAGAGCAUUAUUGAAAAGGAACGCACCGCCAUCCGUGAGCGUCUCGAGCGUCAGCUGGAGGAGGAGCAGAAAACGCAGGCGGAGCUGCGGCAGAAGCUCGCCGAUGAUUUUGCCGCAGAACGUGAACGUCUGCAGGCGGAACUGCGGCAAAAGGAGUUGGACUAUCUGGCCAAGCGACAGGAGGUGCAGCGGGAACAGGAGAGCGAACUUGAGCAGGCAAAGUUUGAAAUGCAGGAGAAGAUGGCCAAGCAGGAGGAGAAAUAUCAGAACCGCAUCAACACCGUGGAACAGCAAUAUCUGGCGGACUUUGAGCUCUGGAAAACGGAAUACGAGAACAAGUGCAAGCUGGCGCAGUCGGAAAAGGAGAAUGCCAUAAGACAGCACUAUAGAGCCGAGCGAGAUCGCCAGCUGGACGAGCUGGUGGUGCGCAUGGAAGCGGAUGCCCUGCAAAGCGGCGAAGAGCACGAGCAGAAGUUGCAGCGUCUCAAGGAAAAGUACGAGAAGGAUUUGCAACUGGCGGAAAAUGUGGAAAAGUCGCUGCGAGAAAAGUAUGCAGAGACACGCGGCAAACUGGCCGAGGCGGACGCCCAGGUGCGCAACUGCCAGGCGGAGGUCAAGCAGCUGCAGCUGGAGCUCAGCCAUAGCAAAAAGAUGUGCGGCGACUUCAUCAACGAGCGCGACAAGCUGCGCGAUAAUCUCAAUGCGGAUAUACAAAGUGAGCUGGGCGUGCUCAAUGAACGCCACAAACAGGAAAUGGAUCAACUGCAGAAACGGGUGCAUCAGACCAUACAGCGUCAGGAGGAGACCAUUGAGGUGCUCAAGGGUGACAAUGAUCAGCUGCGGCAACAGUGCCUCAAAUUAAAUGCGGUCAUUCGACAACAGCGCAAAGAUUAUUGUGUUAAGUAGUUAGGAAUAACUUACAUAAAUAAUAAACAUAUAAACAAAA